AUGGCUUCCAAAGAGGAGGUUGUGGACGAAUCCCCCGUCCGCUCAAACCAGAAACGCUCCUCGCUAUGGGCAUCCAUGUUCGGCGGGCCCAACGUCGUCGUGGGACCGCGAAUUGCGCCCUUGCCAGCGCAUCUGCGCGACACAGCGUCGAGUGCCAGCGUAUCCGAUGACGACUCGGCCGCCGCCAUCCUCAGCAAGCAGAUUGCGUCCGAGGAGGGCAACGCGAUCCAAUAUCGGACAUGCUCAUGGCAGAAGACAGCCGGUCUGCUCUUCAGCGAGUACAUUGUCCUCUCCAUGAUGAGUUUCCCCUGGUCAUACAGCUACCUGGGCCUGGUGCCGGGUCUCAUCCUCACAGUCGUCGUGGCGCUCCUGGUGCUGUACACGAGUCUCACCCUGUGGGAGUUCUGCCUGCGCCACCCCGAGGUCAGGGACAUUUGCGACAUUGGCCAGAUGCUCUUCUGGAACAAGCGCUGGGCCUGGUACUGGACGGCCGUCAUGUUCCUGCUCAACAACACCUUCAUCCAGGCCCUGCACGUCUUUGUCGGUGCGCAGUACCUCAACACCAUGACCGCGGCCGACAGCAUAGCCUGCAGGACGGUCAUGUUUGCCGGUGUCGUGGCCCUCAUCAGCUGGUUCGGCUCCUUGCCGCGGACAUUCGACAUGCUGUCCAAGCUCGGCACCGGAUCAACUGCCUUUACCUUUGUCAGCGUCAUCCUCGCGACGGCCUUUGCGGGGAUCCAGGGCAAGCCCGCCGGCUACGACCCGGACACCCUAGGGGAGCCCAUCGUGUCGAUCUGGACACCCAAGAGCACGACCUUGGUCACCGGCAUGGCCGCGUUCAUGAACAUGUCGUACUCCUUCAUCGGGCAGAUGACACUGCCCAGCUUCAUUGCUGAAAUGCGCGACCCACGGGAGUUUCCAAAGUCGGUCUGGGCUUGCGCCUUUGCUCAAAUUAUCAUGUUUAGCAUCGUCGGUUCGGUCAUUUACGUCUACACCGGAAACCAGUACAUGGUCACUCCGGCAUUCGGCACUCUGACCGACGUGUACAAGAAGGUGUCCUACUCGUUCAUGGUCCCGACCAUCAUCUUCGUCGGCUGCCUGUACGCCUCCGUCACCGGUCGCUUCCUCUUCUUCCGCUUGUUUCAGAACACGAGGCACGUCAGCGACCACACCGUGCUCGGUUGGGCCUCCUGGGGUGGCAUCCUGAUGGGAUCUUGGAUCAUGUCCUUCAUCAUCGCCGAGGUCAUCCCCUUCUUCUCUUCGCUUCUCUCCGUCAUGUCGUCGCUCUUCAAUUGCUGGUUCGGCUUCAUGUUCUGGGCCCUGGCCUACUUUCGCAUGCGCAAGGUCGACGUCAAUAUCGGUCGUACGCGUCCAGUGGUCGGCGACUACCUGUCCAUGGGGCUCAACGCCAUCAUCAUGCUCACGGGUGUCAUGUACCUGACGCUGGGAACGUACGUCAGUGUCCAGGGUAUCAUUGACUCGUUUGAAGCCGGGACCGUGCCUGGUGUCUUUUCGUGUGCAAGUAACGGUAUCUGA